CGAAUUGACUCUCUCUAAACUCCCUUGUAAAAGCACCCGUGCAUUCUCCGUUAUAGUAUAAAUCGGGCUACAGGUGUUCCACCUAAAGUCCUACCGGUCAAUUUGCGUGUUUUUCCCUUUCUUACUUUGCCAAAUCAAGCGAACUAUUCUAGACCCGGUCUAGUAUAGUUUGACCGGUCAAGUAAUUUACACCAUCAUUUUUGGCGCCACCCGUGGGACCAUUAAGGUUUCUUCUCCUAAACACAAACCUACCCACCAAAACACCACUCGAAAUGUCUUCCAGCCAACAAAUCAACGCUACCGCUCAGGUACAGGCCACCAACGAGGGAGCCAGCAUCCCUGUGGCUGCUACCAUACCGGUCAUUUCAGCCCCGGUGUUGCCUUUGGGUCUGAGCUCUGUCCCAACGGCCAGCGUGAUUAGUCCCUUCGCGACCCCCGUCCCAUUUGCUGGACCGAGGGUAACGUUCCCACCAAGCAUGACGCAGUUCAUGAAUGACCCAGCCAACCUACACGCCAUCCAGGGCUUUGGCCAGGUCAUGGCCAUGUGCCAACAGAACGGGGGGAUGCCUUUCCUCCCUGGUAUGUUCCCAUUCGCCCUUCCAGGCGCGGGGACGAUGCCUCUACAAGCUCCGAUGGCGGUGACGUCGUUCCAGACGCCGAUGCCGCAACCAUCACCUUUCCAGCCCCAGCUGGUCAGCACCAUGGCCCCGGUCAACUUGGUCGGUGCACUUAACGCUGCAGGGCCGUCGCGUCCCCCGCAAGCUACGGAUCCACAGGUCACUCCUGAUGGUCAUUGCGUCUCGAUUGAGAGCGAUGACGGCGAGUGGGACAUCCCGAGGGCCCACAAGAAGAAGAAAGGAAAAAACAUCCGGCCAGCGACCUCCCGAAACUCCGCCUUCGAAAGGCUGGGGGGUAGGGAGGAAGGCCAGAGGAAGUCAGCCAAGCAGAGGCUGGGGCAGAGUGUUGCCCAUGUCAGCGCAUUCGCCCGGCUAGGCGAGGUGCGGGAGGCCGAGCCUGCCCGCACCCGGCGCUCCCGGUCUAAUCGGCAGGAGCCAGCGAGGACGAGGGCCUCCCACCAUGAAGGGGAGGCAGAAAGCCAGUCCAGGUUACCGGUGGCGAACCGGUUAACCAUCCCAAACGACCGCGUCCAGCAAAUGGAGGCAAAGCUGGAAAGGCUGGAAAAGAAGGUCGGGGAGAAGAAUGACCGGGACAAACCCCUGGCAGGGUCCCCGUUCACCACAAGGGUCCAUCUGACACCUUUCCCGCGAAAGGUCAAGAUCGACGCCCCCAGAUUCACCGGGAAGGAAGAUCCGGAAAUCCACCUGGACUCCUUCAACCAGAGUGCGACCAUGA